AUCUGCGGCGCGAGGCGCUAGAAGUCGUUUCUUCGGUAACGCGAUGUACCCGCAACUCGGUUAAUUAGUGUGCAGUUUUGUGAUUUGAUUAACUGGUGGCGAUCGACAUUUUUUUUAGUGCGGUGCGGUCCGAUAUUGGAAUGUGUCAGUGGAUUUAUUCGGCUAACUGAGGUGGAAGAAUUCUAAGUCUCAGUCCGUGCACCAAGAAAUCGGAAUAAAUAAUAGAAAAGACAUGCCAUCGAUUGAAGCACUGCAAAGACAUCAUUCGGAUGCCCCGGCCAAUAACACAACCCUGGCCCUUCAUUAUGCGGCUGCAAGAGGUUGUCUGGAUUGUGUUAGACUUCUGGUGGACACCAGCUCCGAUUUGAGUGCCAACACGCAAAUGGAUAAUGACGUGACUCCAGUCUAUUUGGCUGCACAAGAAGGACACUUGGACGUCCUCAAGUUCCUCGUCCUGGAAGCUGGAGGAUCGCUCUAUGUCCGUGCCAAAGAUGGAAUGGCACCGAUCCACGCCGCUAGUCAAAUGGGAUGCCUCAAUUGCGUUAAAUGGAUGGUUCAGGAUCAAGGAGUCGAUCCAAAUUUAAGAGACGGCGACGGAGCAACGCCACUGCACUUCGCAUCGUCUAGAGGCCACUUGGAUACUGUAAAAUGGCUGCUCAAACAUGGAGCAAGGCUAUCUUUGGAUAAAUACGGGAAGAGUCCCAUAAACGAUGCUGCCGAAAAUCAACAAGUCGAGUGUUUAAAUGUGUUGGUUCAACAUGGAACCACUCAGGAGUCGGAAAAUCUUAGUUCACACAUGUGUUCAUGUUCCAGAAAGGAACACCGAGUCAAAAGGGGUGACAGCACUGCAAGUGACUGCUCAGGUUGCAAACCAACAAGACAAGGUAAUUUAAUAAACUCGGAACCAUUUUACCUUCAUCCACCUUUGGAAUCCAGAACCAUAGAAGCCCCACAUGCUCCAGAAAAUGGACUCUACAUCAAUCCAAUGAAUACCCAAAGACAGGGCACGUCUAGCAGUUCUGAAAGUGGUGGAAGCAUCAAUGGAGAGUCAUUCUACUUGCAUAAUCCUCAAGAAGUCAUUUACAAUCGUGUAAAAGAUUUAUUCGAGUCUAAUACAACACAAAGAACUAAUGGACUCUCGGCCCUAACAGUCAAAGUAGAAGUUCACUCCAGCAGUUCUGGAGCGGGGUCUGACGAGAACCUAUCUUCUUCCGACUUGUCCGAGAGAUCUGGUGACCAUGACCAUGAUUACGAAGAUAUUUAUUUGGUCAGAGAAGAAAAUCUGAAGAAAAACACUUCCUCCGUCGACAGAAAUAAUAAUUCCAUAAACCACAAUAACUUGAGGUCCAGAUCCAGAGAUUCAGGUUCCCACAGUCGUUCUGGUUCUGCUAGUUCGACCAAUUCAAGUUGCAAUGUAAUCGUAAAAUUCACUCCACAAGGCAAUGGAAAAGAAAAAGGUAGCACUUACAAGUCCAACGAGUUCUUACCCAAACCUCAGAAAUACGAGAAGUUCGAGAAGAAGAAAGAUUAUCAUCAGGAUCGUACUUUGUCAUCAUCCCCAUCCGUCCUGAGCUCCGAAGAUGAACAAGAAAAGACAAAACUCAGCGUUUCCCACUCCGUUCCAAUCCGCAAUAACGGAAACGUUCCAUCAUCACGUGCUUUAAAAAGAGUCACUUCUGUGCCGGCAGAUAUAAAUCCGCCGCCCCCUCCACCGCCACCGCCGCUAUCCACGAUGCCGAGAAUGUCGCACAAUGAGGACGACGAACCGAGAGGUGCAGAAAUCGUGGAAGUCGUCGAAGAACCUACUUUGAGGCCUUCCGAUAUUGUCAAGGGCAUGUGCAGAAGCAUGAGCGCUUUAACUUCCAAAAGACUUAACUCCUCGUGUUCGGACUUGACAAUCAUUAGCAUAGAAACAAACGGCGACGAAAGCGACAAACACUCCCCCAAUUUGGUCAACAAACAACGCGUUCUUCCCUUCAUACCACCAAGUUUUAAGGGCAACGCGGAUUCUAACAACCUCAUCAAACCGUCGGAGUAUUUGAGAAGCAUUAGUUCGGAUAGAACCGUGUCGGUAAGAAGUACUUCGGAAAGCGAGGCUUCCUCUACCAUGGUGUGUAAUGGUACCGAAACCAAAAUUAUUAAUAUUGUCAACGGACCUCCACCGCCGCCACUUCCAAACAACUUGCACAUAUCUUCUGACUAUUUGUCAUCCAACGAACCACAGAAGUUCGCGUUGCCGGAAAUCACAACCGACACAGUUAAGAAACAGAUGCAGCCGCUGUCUGCCAUCAGUAUUCAAGACUUAAACUCGGUCCAAUUGAGGAAAACCAACGGGGAGAAGAUGUUGACCAAGACAUUGUCCGCACCCACUCGUUCGAUGAGUUUGCAAUGUCUGCAAACUGCUAUGGAGCCCUUCUUGGCACAAAAAACCGAUUUGAUCGCCGAACUGAAGAUGUCUAAGGAUAUUACCGGGAUUAAAAAGAUGAAGAUUGAAAGGGCCAAGUCGGAAAUCAACAAAGAGAAGGAAAUGUACACAGAGAUUAGCAGGCAAUUUACUACCACCAAAUUCGUUGAAAAGAUUCCUGACAAAGACAAUUCAGGAAAUAUAAUCCCUGCUUGGAAACGCCAGAUGUUGGCAAAAAAGGCAGCUGAAAGAGCCAGAAAAGAGCUUGAAGAACAGAUGCAAAAAGAGGCGGAAGAAAAACGUUUGCAGGCCAUACCACAGUGGAAGAGACAGUUAAUAGCUAAAAAAGAGGAAGCAGAGCAAAAAAUAAGCUCUCCUGAUUUUAGAUCCACUAUCUAUACGCCCAAAGUUGUGGACGAUCCCAAAGCCGUCAAGGUAAUGGAGGAAGCUAAUAAACAAAGCUUUACUACUUUGGACGACAACAAUAAUGAACAUACUAUAAAUAAUGAUGAAAAUCAGGAUCCGGAAAUCGAAAACUCGGAUGAAGAGGAAGAAAAGCCGAACAUAAUUCCUUGGCGAGCACAGCUUAGAAAAACUAACAGUAAAUUGAAUUUGUUGGAAUGAUGAAUAAAUUUCAUUCUAGCAAUGUAAAAAUGUAAAUUAUUCAAUAAUUUAUAUGUAUUUUAUAUGAAAGGCUUUGCUCCACCAACUUUAAAUUAUGUACAUAGACAAUAGGUGCAAUAUUAGAUAGAAACGUGUAUAUGAUUCUAAUAGUCCUAAUCAUUUCCUAUUCAUACACAUUUAAAUCAAUACUUGGUAAUAUAGGCCAAAGGGUAGUUAAGUAAUGCUUCAUAUAUAUCCAUAGCUUCAAAUUCAUUUGCUUUGCUUUAUAAAUUUUAUUUUGAUGCAACAACAUAAAAUCAGUCUAAUUUAUUUUAUUCCCAGAUUUUUUUGCACUCACUAGUCACCAAUUCACCUUGUUAUAAUUUGUUAUAUAAUCAAACACAAUAACGUUUAAUUUUUAUGCAAGCAGAUAAUAAAUUGCAUUAAAUUGUGUAUAAUUAGCGGUAAGAUCUGGAAAUAAACAUGCUGACCUACAUUAAAAUUAACAGAUGAAUGGAGUUGAAUUUACACACUAACAUUAAUUAUGGUUAAUAAUUUUUAAGUUAGGUAAAAUAUUUAUUGUUAUAAGAAUAAAAUGCAGUUUCUAAUAGAAACUUAUAGGCAUAUUUCAAUUUUUAUUAGAAUUGUUGCGUGUUUCGUUCGGCAAUAAUUAAGGUUAAUCACAAUAUUAUAGGUAAUAUUUUCCCGAUUGUACUGUAAAUUUCAUUUAUUUAUCUGACAUAGUUAAUCAUUAAGCAUUAGAAGCAUUAAACAAUUCAAAUAAAAAUUGGAUUUUAUUCAAGUCAAGUGUUGUGAUUUUUUAUAGAAUGUAUAUCUAUCAGAUAAUAUAAACUGUAUGUAAAUCAUAUUAAAGUGCAAUUUUUAUUUAUGCUGCAAUUAUUUUCCUUUAUAGUUUAUUUAAUUCUUGCCAAUUUCCUAGGGCAGUUGAAUUCUUAAACUUAUAAUAGUUAUGUUUAUUGGAUUAUUCUUAAUGAUUUUAUGUUCACUGUUAGUAAUAAGUAAAUCUAUAAAAAUGAAAGACGUUUAUUUCAUUACCCAUCCUCAAAUAAUGCGAGACUGUGACGAACUAAUCGAUACUUUAAUAUUCUCAAUC